AUGCCCCCCAAAUAUGACGUGUUGACUCAAGAUGAGCUGCGCAAAAGACUGUACCAGAUGUUUAAGGACCGGGGUAUACUGGACAGGCUCAAGAUGCAGCUGAGAAAGCAGCUCAUUCAGGAAUUGAUGCAUCCUGUAUUGAGCGGAGAAAUGGAGUCCCAGUCCAUUUCAGUGGAAGGUAGCACCCUCUUAAUAGGCGCUUCCAACUCUCUAGUGGCAGAUCACUUACGAAGAUGUGGCUAUGAGUAUUCACUUUCGGUUUUCUUCCCAGAAAGUGGCUUGGCAGAGGAACAGGUAUUUACUAUGCAGGAUCUAUUACAGCUCAUUAAAAUCAACCCUGAAUCCAGUCUCUACAAAUCACUGGUUUCAGGAUUUGAUAAAGAAAACAAAAAAGGUUUUCUCAUGGAGUUUCUAAAAGAAAUGGCAGAAUACCAUCAGAUCAAAGAGACUCGUGACAUGGACACUCAGACAAGCCCAAUGUUCCUUAGCAAAGACUCUCUUGCUGAGAAGCUUCAGCUUAUUGAUGAUCAGUUUGCAGAUGCUUACCCUCAGCGUCCAAAGUUAGAGUCUUUAGAAAUAAAGUUAAAUGAAUAUAAGAAAGAAGUAGAACAGCAGCUUCAGGCAGAAAUGCAACAAAAGCUGAAGCAUUUUAAAAAUGAUGAAAUAGAAAAAAUCAAAAAGGAAGAGAGGAAGAAGUCUGAGGCGCAAUUAGCAAAGUUCUGGAAUGACGUUGAGAAAGCUUGUCAAGCAAAAUCAGAAGCCCUCCUUUCUCAGGAAAAGAUGUCCCUUGAGAGAAUUCAAAAGAACCAGGAGAUUGAAACAAAAGAAAUUUAUGCUCAACGGCAGCUUCUACUAAACGAUAUAGAUUUGGUAAGAGGCAGAGAAGCAGAGCUGAAGCAAAGAAUUGAAGCUUUUGAAUUGGCCCAGAGGCUGCAAGAAGAAAAAAAUAAAAGCAUGAGUGAUGCACUUCAGAGGCGGGAAAUGAAUAUAAAGAGUAUGGAGGAGACCUAUGAGCAGAAGCUCAAGAAUGAAAUUCUGAAGUAUCAACUAGAGCUAAAGGAUGACUACAUCACCAGAACUAACAGACUGGUUGAAGAGGAAAGGAAGAAUAAAGAAAAAGCUAUACAUUUGCAAGAGGAGCUCACAGCUGUUAAUUUGCAAAAGGAAGGACUCAGUCAUUCUGCAAAUCAUGUGAAAGAACUUCAGCUUGAGCUUGAGUCUCUCAGAGCCCAGUGUUUGGCAAUAACAAAGCAAAACCACUUGCUGAAUGAAAAGAUGAAAGAAAUGAAUGACUAUUCACUUCUAAAAGAUGAGAAACAAGAGCUUCAGGAAGAAAAUAAAUUACUUAAACAACAAAUGCAAGACAGUAGAAAUGAAAACUUGAAUCUCUUAAACCGCAUAGCUCAGCCAUCUCCUGAGCUGCUAAAUUUUCAGAAAGAAUUAGAGAAAGCAAAAACUGCUAUCCUGUUAGGGCAUAAGGAGUUCGAAACCCAUAAGAAAGCUCUGCAGAAGCAGCUGCAAAGCGAAAUUGAGCAUUCUGCAAAGCUGAAGGCCCAGAUACUACAGUACGAAGCCUCUGUAAAGAGGUUAACUGUGCAGGUGGCCAAUUUAAAAACGCAGCUGAAACAAACCGAGACAGCCCUGGAGAAUGAAGUGUACCGCAAUGUAAAGCCGUUUCUUGUCAACGGAUCCACAGUGUCUCCCAAUGGUGGAACAAGUGGAGAUUUCUUGAAAAAUCCUCUUACACAGGAACAGCUGAUGGCAGGCACAGUUAAACCAAGAAUCAUGAAUUAUCCAAGUGCAAGCACAGAUGGUAGCUCCCCUGAAUCUGACCUUGAGUUUGUAGCCAACACCAAGGCAAGAAUGAGAGGGCUAGAGCAUGAGGCCGAGUGCUUAGAGAAAGCUUUCCAAGAUUACCGUCAAAGAAUUCAUCAUUGGCCCCGCUCUGGAAGCCCACUAGCAUCCCAGAGCCCACCUCCCCUGCACAUGCAAGGCACUUUCAAGAGCGUCACGUUAAGUUCCUCAGAAAGAUGUAUUUUUACAGAGGAAGGAGCUGUGCCCAGGAAGCCUGCAGUGGGCGAAACAGAAGUGCGGAUGGACACAGCAGCCUCCCCGCUCCACAGAGGUGCUGGCAGACGCCUCUCCACCACUCCCCUUGAGAGAGCUGAAUGGAGCUUUGAUGCUGAAAUGCACCUGGAAGGUCUCGGUGGAUCCCAAGUUGAUGCCUCCAGUCCUUGUCCUGAAAGAAUGCUGCAUCCUUCAAAUGCUGAGUCUAGACACAGCCUUUCCAUCCAUUUGCUUUCCAGCCCUCUGAGGCAGGAGGCCAGUCUUUAUCAAAGACAAACUGAACUAGAGAGAACUGAAUUUUCAAAUCCAGACAAGCAAUCUAUGAACAAUAAUGAAGAAUUUGAAUCAUCUUUUAAAUCUCGUGUAGAUGCAGGGGACAUGCCAAAGCACUUAGAAGCUGAUGGCCUCCAUCCUGCUGGUGACAUGCCUCACUUCGAUGCUGGCCUGGCUGCUCUUCCUGCCCGACCUGUCGCCUCUCACUAUCCAGGUGUAGAUCAGAAACAAAUUGGGGGAGACAGUGAAGAAGAAAAAAUAUGGCAGCCGAUGAAAGAACAAGAGCAGAGAGAGGAAAGAAGUCAAAGUCUGCAAGAAGCUUUACAAAGGGAACAGAGAGAACUAGAAAAACUCAGUCAACCACGGCGGAUGAUUGAAGAGUCAUUGAAGAUUGAAAUGGAGAAAGAAUUAGAAGUGAGUAUUCAAAAAAUGAAAGACAGAUCUGUUUGUGGUGAAAACCCUUUUGAGAAAUACAUGAAAAUCAUCCACGAGAAUCAGGAACCGCAGAAGGAUGAUAAGAACUCAGUGAAGAUUGCCAGAGAAGUCUCCCAAGGGGACACACUUGCCGCUUAG